AUGAAGGUUCAAGUUCUUCUUGCGCUCUUGGCCCUGGGCGUUAACGGACUGGCACCACAGCAGCAGUACCUAAUCACAUAUCCAAAAGAUGCUCCACAGUCCGACAUCGACGACUACAAGCAUACCAUAAUGGCUGCUGGGGGUCAAAUCCUACACGAAUACGAGCUCAUCAAAGGUUUCGUUGUCAAGGCUUCUGCACCAGCUCUCGAUACCAUUCAUACGUUGUCCCAGAAGUAUGCCCCGACUAUUGAAGAAGACAAGACUGUGACGAUACAAGACCAAGGCUUAUGA